UUCCGCCUGACAGCGGAGCUCUGCAUCUAAUCGACGCGAGCAGGAAGCGGACACGGAUGUUCUGGGAGGAAAGGCAGGAACAACAAAGAGGAGGAGGAGUGGUUGCCCGGGUUUUAAACCUGUAUAAAGAGAAUUUGAAAGAAAGUGCAUCACGUUCGUUGUAGUGCCUUUGUUUCUGGCGGUCAAAGGAUAAUUGGGUCUGUUCUUCUCUCGCAUCAGGGGGACGGAGGUUUGUUUGCAUGUGAGGGCAAGUGUCAGCUGAGCCAUCAUGGAGAACAACGCUGAGGACGUUGAGAACAGUAUGGAGCAACAACAGGCGAAUACAGCCCCCGAACCCGGCCAGCAGCCCCAGGAGCCACCGGCGACGAGAGCGAGGUCCAGGGGAGGCUCCGGGGCUGGAGCGGCUGAUGGGGGAGGAGGAGACGGCGGAGGCGGCAACGGCACCGGGCCCGAGCAGAACGGCCAGCCGCCCACCGCUCGUCCCGCUCGAGUGGUGGACGCCGAAGAGGAAGAGGAUGAGGAGAUGACGCUGAAAUACGGGGCCAAGCACGUCAUCAUGCUCUUUGUUCCUGUGACGCUGUGCAUGGUGGUGGUCGUGGCGACGAUAAAGUCGGUCAGCUUCUACACCAGGAAUGACGGACAGAGACUGAUCUACACACCAUUCCCCGAAGAGACAGACACGGUAGCACAGCGAGCCGUCAACUCCAUCCUGAACGCCACCAUCAUGAUCACCGUGAUCAUCGUCAUGACUUUGGUGCUGGUGCUGUUAUACAAGUAUCGCUGCUACAAGGUGAUCCAGGGCUGGCUGUUUCUCUCCUCCCUCCUCUUGCUCUUCUUCUUUUCCUUCAUCUACCUCAAAGAGGUUUUCAAAACCUACAAUGUGGCCAUGGACUGCAUCACCCUGGCAAUAGUAGUGUGGAAUUUCGGCGUGGUUGGCAUGAUAUGUAUUCACUGGAAGGGACCGCUGCGGCUCCAGCAGGCCUACCUCAUCAUGAUUAGCGCCCUGAUGGCCCUGGUUUUCAUCAAAUACCUGCCAGAGUGGACCGCCUGGCUCAUUUUGGCUGUCAUAUCUGUUUAUGAUCUGUUGGCAGUGCUCUGUCCUAAAGGACCACUGAGAAUCCUUGUGGAGACGGCCCAGGAGAGAAAUGAACCCAUAUUUCCAGCUCUCAUCUAUUCUUCUACAAUGGUAUGGCUCGUCAACAUGGCAGACACUGACAGGCCGAAGAGGAACUCAGCAGAAGCAGGAUCAGUUCAGCAACCAACUCAAGAAUCAGCUGUAGAGUCUCCAGCCCCCUCAAGUCCUUCGCAGGAUGACGGGGGCUUCACCUCUUCCUGGGUCAGUCAACAGCAGCACCGACUGGGGCCCCUCCAGUCCACUGAGGAGACCAGACGGGAGAUCCAGCAGAUGCCGUCGGCCCGCCCCCCCGUGGAAGACGACGAUGAGGAGAGGGGCGUCAAGCUGGGGCUCGGAGACUUCAUCUUCUACAGCAUGCUGGUGGGGAAGGCCUCGGCCACAGCCAGCGGCGACUGGAACACCACGCUCGCCUGCUUCGUAGCCAUCCUCAUCGGCCUGUGUCUGACCCUCCUCCUGCUCGCCAUCUUCAGGAAGGCUCUCCCCGCUCUGCCUAUCUCCAUCUUUUUCGGCCUCGUCUUCUACUUCGCGACAGAUAACCUGGUGCGGCCCUUCAUGGACCAGCUGGCGCUACACCAGUUCUACAUUUAGCAGGACACCCUCCCUCACUCCCCCCCUCUCCCCCACAGUCCAGGCAACCAUCGCCCACCACAGCCCCCCCCCGGCCAACAACACGAGAGCACUCCCUUUGUGGCCAGGAGAACAACGAACGAUGCAAAAACACCCCCUCUUUAAAAACACGAUGCUGGAACGCCAGCCGUUUUUCACUCUGCCUUCAUUUCUGGCACCGAGAUACAGUGUUCUCCAAAACGGCAGAUCUUAAAUGUUUUAUCUCCCUUUUAAACCAAGCAGUGACGUUUUUCACCCAAGAGGAGACCAGCGGUCUCAGGCACAGACUAAGCGGGAAUGUUUGAUCCCUGUUUAGGCCCGGGAGGCUCUUGUGUUUCCAUCUACACGCCUCUAUCAGCCGCAGUCCCAUCUGAAAGGGGCUUUACAGCAGAUGCCUUCUUCAGGGUCACCUACAUUCAGAAGUGGGGGGGUAUUCUCUUCUAUAACUUCCUUUUUUAAAGGUUAUCGCAAAAAUUCCUCUCUGGUCCAUUUUCAUUACAACCGCAGCUCUAACCCUUAUCGCGCCUUGAUGACGGUAACGGACAGUCCGACGGUGACACCGCUAAUAGAUAGAAACGUCUUGUUUGAAUGUGUACCAGAUGUCGGCACGUGCUUUGCUCACUGCUGCUAACGAGUGGUAAAUAGUUAUUACGUUUUUAUCAGUUUUUUGUUUUCUGCAGAAACAAAAUUCAGACCUGACUGAUUUUUUUUUUUUUU